AUGCGUCAGGCUCUCACUCUUACACUCGCCGCCGUGACGGGCGUCUUUGCCGCACCGGCCGCCACUACCGGCCCAAGUGGCAAGACGUCCGUCCACAACAAGCGAGCGGACUUUUAUUGGGGAGGCGCGGUGCAAGAAGGCCCUCCGGGCACCGGCUGGAACUACGUUCAAGGCAGCGUAGUCGUCCCCAGCUUCGGCGGAGGAGACAACCAGCACUCGGCAAACAUGUGGGUGGGAAUCGACGGCGACGACUGCACGAGCGCCAUCUUGCAGACCGGCCUCGUGGCCUACGGAGACGGCACAUUCUGGCUAUGGACAGAAUGGUGGAAGCACCCCAUGCAAAGCUACGAGGCCAGCCUCGCCUUCUCACCUAAUGAUACCCUGCGCUUUACCGUGCACGCCACGUCCACCACCUCGGGCACCACAACCGUCGAGAACCUGAGCAGCGGACACGCCGUCUCGCAUACGUUUACAAGCGAGAGUGCCUACCCGCUCUGCGAGACGGAUGCUGAAUGGAUCCUCGAAGACUGGCAGUACGACGGUCAGCCGGUCGCCCUGGAGAACUGGGGCACGAUUAAGAUUUUCGACACUGUUGCUAAGAGCCCCGGAAAGCAAGUCACGGCUGCUGGUUCUGGCAUUGUUAAUAUCAACAUCAACGGCCGGACUCUUACUAGCAGUAGUGUUGACUCGGAUGGAACCGUCAGCGUCACGUAUAUUGGUCCCAACUAA